UAAACCUCACAAACCCUAAUUUUUGACCUGAAUCGUUUCGUCUCCGACCGGAGAAAGCAUCUGGCAAGGUAGGCAUGGACGAUGAAGAGACGGGUUCACUGGCUCCGCCGACAAGAGCUAGGCACAUUGGGAAGAGAGCUCUCAGGAACAAAAGCCUCACCGUCUCUUUUGACGAGAAAGAUCUCAAUGAUUUUGUGACUGGUUUUCACAAGAGGAAGAAGAAGAGAAGAAAGGAAGCUCAGAAGCAGCAGGAGGAAGCUUUUAGGCGGAAACGAAUCGAGGCUCGUAAGAAGAGGAAAUUGGAAGAGCUAAUGGUUGCGGGUCAUGACGAGGAUAAUGAAAAUGGGGAAGCUGAUGAGGAAGAUGAUGCAGACGAUGUAGAAGAUGAAGAAUCAGAGCCUAAUGCUUCAACUUCUGGCACGAAGAUGUAUGAUACAGGCGAGCUGAAAGUAACUGUGAUAACAAGUGAGAUAUCUUGUGAAGAGGAAGAACCAAUUCGCAAGGCCAAGACGCAAUCAACAGAACCUGGCUCCACGGCCAAAGCCUCUGCAAAGCAGCCUGUGCCUGUGAGAAAAACCAAACCCAUGAAACAGAGCAGGAAACGGUCAAGCACCAAAACUAUGAAGAAAAGGGAUAAGAAGAAACAAGCAAGAGGGAUUAAGACUUCGCGGUAGCAACAUAGAUAUCUGUUGUCGUGGUGCCUUUGGAGCUCCUGAUGGUUUGGAUUCUCAAGCGUUUGAAUCGUUUUUUUUUUUUUCCGGUGGUUGAAAUUGUGGGUAGCAAUCGUAUAAUGUGUUUGAAUCUUGUAGUAGUAUACAAUCACAUUUUUCUUAAUCAAAUUUGUAAUGUUUAAAGUCUUAUUAGUAACAAUCUUUGCCGUUCUUAUUAA